GCUGCUCUUUCUCGGAUCUUUCUCCAUUCUCGGCCUUUCGUCUCUUUCAUCGGCGAUCGACGAAGGCUCUCAAACUCUAGAAGAUCUACUGAUUCCACAGUUCGCGAUCUCCACCGUCAGAUCCGAAAAUGAACGACGCAGAUGUCUCCAAGCAGAUCCAGCAGAUGGUGAGAUUCAUCCGCCAAGAAGCGGAGGAAAAGGCGAAUGAAAUCUCUGUAUCCGCUGAAGAAGAAUUCAACAUUGAGAAGUUGCAGCUUGUUGAAGCGGAGAAGAAGAAGAUCAGACAGGAAUAUGAGCGAAAAGAGAAGCAAGUUGAUAUUCGGAAGAAAAUUGAAUACUCCAUGCAGCUCAAUGCCUCUCGGAUUAAAGUUCUUCAAGCUCAAGAUGACUUAGUUAGCUCCAUGAAAGAGGCAGCAUCGAAGGAGCUCCUGCAUGUGAGCCAUGAUCACCAUGUCUAUAAAAGGCUUCUGAGAGAUCUUGUGGUUCAGAGUUUACUCAGAUUGAAGGAACCUGCUGUCUUAUUGCGUUGUCGGAAAGAUGACUUGCAUUUGGUGGAAUCUAUCUUGGAUUCCGCAAAGGAUGAGUAUGCAGGAAAAGCAAAUGUUUAUCCACCUGAAAUAAUAGUUGACCAUCAAGUCUAUCUUCCUCCUGCGCCUAGCCAUCAUCAUGCCCAUGGCCCCUUCUGCUCUGGAGGUGUGGUGUUGGCUUCUCGAGAUGGGAAAAUUGUAUGUGAGAACACCCUUGAUGCAAGAUUGGAUGUUGUAUUCCGUAAAAAACUUCCAGAGAUUCGCAAGUGGCUCUUUGGUCAGGUUGCUGCAUGAUGAGCUGGAUCAUUAUGGUUUUUAGCUUCUGUUUUGUUGGUAGUCUCUUGUUUAAAGAGUGGUCACAGACUAUAGCAUCUAUUGUCCAGUUGCUUGUUUGUGCACUUCCUAUUCUCUUGCCAUCCGUAAGAUCUGAACUGCUUUAUUUGUUUCAGUUACCAAAGCUGUUAUUUGCUUUUGGGCUCUGUCAUUUGCUGCAUAGAAAAAUGCUCUAUUUAUUAAAUAAAAAUAUUAAAUGAUUCAUCUAAAGCCAAGUAUCUCAA